UGAGGGCAGUUAUGCGUGCUAAAGCAUUCACAAACUGAGCUUUGUCUCUCACUUAUUUGGAAGAUUACAUCCGAGACGGCCAGGCUGAGAGGGAAGGCCUAAAAAUGAAUUUGCAUAGCGGGACACUAUGAGAAAUGGGCCGUGAUGUGGUGUUAAAGGUGAUAUGAAGCCGGCUAGCGCAGGGAUCAGAUUUGUUGGAGAGUUCUAGACGGUUUGCAUUAGGGGUGAUGGGGGCAGAAGAUAUCUGGAUCCCGUAUAAAAUCCCGUGAGAUUCCUCCUGCUGGGCCAGACGGGACCGAUGAAGGCGAUCGCAUCCCAGAAUAAAUCGACAGUGAUUGUGAGCUCAUUCAUCAGCAAAGCAGUGCAUGGAAUGAGGAGGAAUUUGAUGCAUGCAUGAAAAUCUGACACUGCUACACCGCUGUUGGCCUCUUUCACACCGCGUAAUGUUAAUAGCAGGAUAACGGUAUUUCAGCGGGUUUUUGCUCCUAAUGGCAGAGGCACCGAAAUAAACGGGUCAGCCGUGAGCACGUGUUUUUGAACUAGGCAUUUGUCUGAUCAGAUCGGCGGAAUGGUGUCUUUGAGAUGUCACCGGAGCAAGUAUAUAUGGGCCACUCUGGGUGUGUUGGCUUUGUUGUGGCUCUACAUCUUCCCCGUGUACAGGAUCCCCAGCGACAAGGAAAUGGUGGAUGAGGUUCUGCGGCAGGGACAAACGUGGAGCAGAAACCAAACCGGAGUAGAUCUGUACAGGAAACUGCUGACAGAAUGCUGUGACCCAAAGAGGAUGUUUGCUGUUACUAAGGAGAACUCGCCAAUAGGCAAAGUCUUGUGGUACGAUGGGGAGAUCUACCAUUAUCACACGGUCACCAAUGAAACCUACCCAAUCUUUGUUCAGGAUACACCAUUGCAGCUUCCUCUGAAGAAGUGUUCGGUUGUGGGCAAUGGAGGGGUCCUGAAACACAGUGGCUGUGGAAAAGAAAUUGACCAAGCUGACUUUAUCAUGAGAUGUAACCUUCCUCCUCUGUCCAAAGAGUACACCACUGAUGUUGGUACCAGAACACACCUGGUGAGCGCGAAUCCUAGCAUUAUUGAAAAGAACUUUCAGAACCUACUAUGGUCCCGCAAAUCCUUCAUAGAGAGUAUGAAGGCAUAUGGUUCCAGCUACAUCUACAUACCAGCGUUCUCCAUGAAACCCGGCACUGACCCCUCCCUGCGGGCAUACCACGCCCUUGCAGACUCCGCCUCCAACCAGACUGUCCUGUUUGCCAACCCGGACUUCCUUAAAAACGUUGGUCGAUUCUGGAAGAACCACGGCGUCCAUGGAAAACGGCUGUCCACAGGGUUGUUCCUGGUGAGCCUUGCCCUUGGCUUGUGUGAAGAGGUGACCGCUUAUGGUUUCUGGCCAUUUUCGGUGGGACUGGAUGAGCGGCCGGUCAGCCACCAUUAUUAUGACAACAUUCUCCCAUCCUCGAGAUUUCACGCCAUGCCUGAGGAAUUUUUGCAACUCUGGCACUUGCAUAAGAGAGGCACGCUGCGUAUGCGGGUCGGCGAUUGUGCAUAACAAAGGAGGACAGGAGCCUAAGAAGGAAAAAUAAGUGGAAGUGUUGCCAGGGCAACUCCGCAUAUCCCCACAGGAACAGGACAGCCAUCCUGUGAUUAGCAUGAGAAUACUGUGGGUUGUGAGGUGAUGCCCCACCCCCAAAGCUGGGCCUCUCUUUGGUGUCUAUAUGCUUGAACCUCAACUGCUACCAACACACCCCCACCCUCUUGUUGCCAAGGGACUGUUGUAAAGACUUGCAUGUGUACCCAUCCUCAUGUAUGCGCUCACUGGAAGCUUGUUGUGUCCGUUUGUAGAAGUCCCGGGGUGAUGAGGGACUCAGGUGUCAUGUGACCCAUUUAAACUGCAUCCUCCAGCAGUUGGACUUUUGAAUCUAAGGACUAUUUGUUCACUUAAUAUAAAGAGAGAAUGGGGAAGGGGCUGAUUCAAACAAUCUCUUAAGAACUUUAAAUAGGAACUCAGAAAUUGGGAGCAAUGCUUUGAUCGUUUGGCAUAUUUUUGUUUCGUUUUGUCUUGAACACUGUUUCUCUGGAGGAAAUGGAAUAAGGAAUAAUGUGAAACUCUUACUCGCAGUGUUCGCAUAUAUACAAAUCAGUGUACAAAUACAGGUUUUGCCUGGAAAAGGGAAGUUGGGAAUUGAAUGUACAGCCACAGUAUGAAAACCGGUUUCAAAAAUUUGAGACUGGUUUAAAGGGAAGGCUGCAGUUCACAUAUUAUUGCGAGUACAUUUCUAGUUUUAUUUAUUUUUGACAUUCAGUGAAGUAGGACAUUUACCGAGAGCCACCUGGUCAGUCUAGAUCAGUCAUGAGGUCUUGCAUGACCAUAGUGUUUUGUCAAGCUUGGAGAGGGAAAUCAUGGGCUGAGAGACCACAUCCAGUUGGAAGACUUCCACAAAACGGAUGGAGGCCUAAAUUCCGUAGAAGAGAGAGUGAAUUGUUUGUGUACCAAUAAA